GUCAACUGAAAAACUGAAAAAGAGUUUCGAAGAGAUGGGAUUUUGCUUUUCGUGCUUUGGUGGUGGAGAAACAGAGAAGAGUAGAGAAGAAGAUCGGUUAGCUUCUGAAGAAGCUCGAUCAAGAGCUGCUGAAGCUGCCCACAAAAGGCAAGAGGAUUUUGAGAAGUCAGCUGCAGGAAGAGCUGCUAAAGCGCAAAUGACAGCAAUGGCAAAGCAAUCUGCUGCGCCUAAAACUGGUGAACCAGUUCUCAAGUGGCAAAUGGGAUGAAGUUAAAGAGAAUCAACUGUGUAAAUUACUGUUCAUUGAUAUUUAUACGAGGGUGUUUGAUUGUAUGUAUAUUGAUAUUCGUGGAAGAGUAGUGUUGGUGUCUCGAUGCAUCUCCAAUAAAGUUGCUACCUCCGCUUUCAGGAGAUGUAUAUUCCAAGGAUUUGAUAUAGUUCUAAUGAAUCUUCCCCUUUAAACCUGAAUAAUACACAGUUGAGUUGGUAUCUUAUGUUCCUCUUACUCUUGUGUGCAUAUUUGCUGAAAGCUUGAAACAGAAUGUUUUUAGUUCAUUGAUGGGUAACUGAUUUUGCAGUUGCCAGAUUCAAGUUGUAAAGUUCUUUUGUUUUCUUUUCAUCGGUUUGUAGGAAGUUGUAAAGAUGUUACAAUAUCAUGACAGACUAAUCUUGUCGAGGAAAUUUUGUGGGCAAA